AUUUAUAAUUUGUCUGACGGGCGAGAAGGUUGGACACACGCAUGUAUCAGCAGUCAUCCGAAAUAGCAGUACGUACCAGUGGCUGUGUGAAUUAAUGACUCGCACUUCGGACAGUCGUUUUUAGUUAGUUAGUUAGUUAGUUGAUUAGUUCGUGAAGUGUACCCUCGGGAUAAAAGACAUUCAGCUUGAUAUGGUGGGCAACAAACCUAAAAUACUCGACGUACGUCAGGUGAUGGGACAAACGUUGUACAUGUACUACGUACAGAAGUGUUUCAGAACUUUAUCUUGUGCUUUCGAGGAGUUCUUGUAGUGUCGUUACAAACAAAAACCGCAAAAAAAUCUGUUUGAAUUCGUAGUGAAAGUGUUAUUAGCAAUGGCAUCUAGGGGCUCACGUCUGGUCGUUUCGGCCAGGAGGUUCGGACGUUUGCUGGCGAUGCAGAGGAUGGGCAGCUUCAGUUCGGCGCCGAAGAUCCUAAACGACGACGUCCAAGACAAUGACUUGGUCAUACCAAAGAGCUUAAGCCGAAACGAGCUGCUGCAACAUUGUCAGAAGCAAAUCCGCAUCGGCUAUCCCAUUUUCAAGAGGGCCUUCAAGAAGGCUCGAAAUCCCAACGACCACGACUACGGUUUCAAGUUCAGAAAGCUGAACGCUGUCACUAAAGGAUGCAGCGAUUACGUUACAAGCCCGGACAGCUUGCGAGUGUUCCAGUGGAACGUGCUGUCGCAAGCUUUGGGACAAAUGAACGACAACUUCGCCAAAUGUCCGGACGAGGCCUUGGAGUGGAGCCACCGCAGAUUUUACAUAAUUGAGGAAAUCGUCGAGUAUUGUCCGGACAUAAUUUGUUUGCAGGAAGUCGACCACUUCAACUUCCUGAAGAACAUACUUGGAACGCAGGGAUAUUCCGGACUGUUCUUCCCCAAGCCCGACUCCCCGUGCGUCUACAUCCAUGGCAACAACGGACCGGACGGCUGCGCCAUAUUCUAUCGCACCGACAAAUUCGAGCUGCUCAGUUCAUUGAGCCGAAUUUUGGAAAUAUGGAGGGUGCAAAGCAACCAGGUGGCCCUGAUGGUAAACCUGAGAAUAAAGGAAACGGGAAAAGAGGUAUGCAUCACCACCACCCAUUUGAAGGCCAGGAAGGGUGCGCUCCUCUCCACCCUUCGUAACGAACAGGGAAAGGAUCUGUUGAACUUCGUCAGCGAGAACUGCGGCAACAGACCGGUGGUGCUUUGCGGGGAUUUCAACGCAGAGCCGAUCGAGCCUGUUUACAGUACCAUUUUGAACUCCACCACCAUGGGUUUGUCCAGCGCAUAUGCGGACUGCGACAGUUCAAACGGACAUUCCGCGGAUCGGGAGCCGCCCUACACCACGUGGAAGAUUAGAGACGAAGGGGAGAUCUGUCACACCAUCGAUUAUAUAUUUUAUACAAAGAAUAACUUGGAAGUCGAGUCGGUUUUGGAGUUUCCGAGUGGUGAGGAGAUUGGCGAGCACAGAAUACCUUCGUUCGCCUAUCCUUCGGAUCAUUUUUCAUUGGUGGCGGAUUUCAAGAUUAGUGACCAGCCGAUUUGCUCGUUGUGAUGGGAUUGAAAUUUUCAUUGUGAUAUGUUUUGUUUAGUAAAUAUGUUUAGGUUAAGCAGUUCUUGUGUAUUAUAGCUUUAAAUUAUUUGUUUGGUAUGUCUGUAUAUUUUUAUAGAUUUUAAUAAAAGGUUUACAUGAAA